CUCGUUAAGGCAGGCAGCGGACGGGGUGGAGUUGGGGGCACAGCCGCCAUGGCGGUGUGCUCCGCAACCGGCUUUCAGCUUCGAGUCUGCACCGGGAAGGUGUGCAAGAAGCAGGGCUCGCCCCAGAUAGCGCAGUUUGGCAAGGAUCUGGGGCUCCAGGAUGUGGAGGUGCAGACCUGCGGCUGCCUAAGCGGGUGUGGCAGCGGGCCCAACGUGGCCGUCAUCCCGCUGGACGGCACCCAGCCGCUGCUGCUGCGCCACGUCGGCACGCCGCAGCGCAUGGCCGACCUGCUGCACGAUGUGUGCCAGCAGCAGGUGGAUGCGGCGCUGCUGAAAGCCACCGAGCUGCGGCUGGCGGGCAACGCGGCGGCGAGGGGCGGCGACCUGCAGCGCGCGGCGCAGCUGUACACCCGGGGCAUCGAGCUGCAGGCGCCAGCGGGGCGCCACCUGCUGUUGUCCAACCGCAGCGGGGUGCGGCUGGAGCUGGGGGACGCAGAGGGGGCGCUGCAGGAUGCCAACGCAGCCGCCGAGUGCGCCCCUCCUGACUUCACGACGGCGACCAUCCGCCAGGUGGAGGCGCUGCUGCGGCUGGCUCACUACCGAGCAGCCAUGGAGUGCCUGCUGGCGGCCCGCGAGCGGCACCCGCGGUUUGGCCAGACCGACGAGUACCGGCGGUGCGUGGCGGAUGUGCAGCGGGCGCUGCAGGAGGCGGAUCCAAAGGCGCUCACCUAGGCCCAGCCCUGACAUAUUCGUCACACACGCCCCACGAUACGCAUCCUUGAUGGCGGGCCACCCCACCCAGCUUGCGCUGCGGCCACAGCGGCUGCAGCAGAUUGAUAUUUGAUGCCCAGUCCCCAGGCCAACCCAGUUUUGUAUUUCUUGCGUGCCUGUUUGCGCCGCUUCUUUUGUAUGCCGAGGCCCUUGCCUUGCCGCGCGCCUAUUGCUUGCUAAGAACACACAAGCCCCCUUGCUCACCACGCAUGCACUCCUCCCCCACAUACCCACAUUCUUUCUGUGUUAGUCUCCUUUCCGCCGUUCCCGACCGCCCAAAGCAUCCUCUACAAUGAAUGAAAUGGACCAGAGCCAGUGUAGCAGAAGUUU